AUGAGUACAAUGCCAGCCGACCCCGCAGAAGAAGAAGAAGAUUACUUUCUCCCCCUGGAGGACCAACGCGUCUUCGGCGCCGGCAUCCGCCGCAAGCGCGUCCCCUUCGUGCGCUCCUCCGACCCCGACCUCCACACCACCGACUCCGCCCUCCGCCGCAAUGCCGCUCCCAGCACUGAAACAACGACCGGCGCCACCAUCGCGAACAAAUACCUCUCCAUCGUCCUCUCCAAAUCCGCUACGCCUACGCCUGCGCCUGCGCUUACGCCGGAGUUCACACCAGAUUCUACGGCUACAUCCACCACCACGAAUACCUCCCGCGCACGCGCGGCGAGUCCACAAUCUGCCGCACCACCAUCAACAUCAACACCAACACCAACACCAACCCUCCCUCCACCUCCUCCUUCUCCCCGACAAGACAACAACCUCAACCUCAAGCCGAACAGCAAUCCGAACUCUCAAAUCUGCGAAAUCUGCAACCUCCCCCUCACAGCAUCCUCAUCAUCCUCAUCAUCCCAAACCAAAACCCCAACAGCAGAAAGCAGCACCCGCCCCCACGAAGCCUCCCUCGCGCACCAACUCUGCCUCACCCACUCGCACCCGCCCUCGCACCUGGACCGCACGCGCCCCGGCCUGCGCUACCUGGCCGCCUACGGCUGGGACCCCGACAGCAGACUGGGGCUGGGGGCGCCCGGGCGGGAGGGGAUCCGCGCGCCGGUCAAGGGGAAGCUCAAGGUCGAUACGGUGGGGCUGCGGGUGACCGGCCAUAAUGCGGACGAUGAGGACGCCCCCACAAAACGGAAGCGGGUGGUCGGCGGCCAGGAACAAGCCGGGGGUCGGGGCAGUGGUUCGGCCAAGAUACAGAAGUUGAAUGCGAAGGAGGUGCGGAGGGGCCAGGUGGAUGCGCGGAAGCGCGGGGAGAGGUUGCGCGAGUUAUUUUAUCGGGAUGAGAGGGUUCUGCGGUAUCUUGGGGAGGGGUGA